AUGAAAGUGCCCCUAUUGGCUGCGUUCUGGGAUGACGGCGACCUGACCCAGGGGAACGGGAAGCUGCGCUAUAAGGAAUACCCUAAGGCGGAUGCGUCGGAUGUCUACUCCCAGAUGGUGUUUAAUCGCACCGCAGACGAAGUGACAAAGUUUGAGGGUCUGAGACAGAGGCCUUCGUUUUCCCCUUCCUGGAUCCUGAAGAUCACUUGGGACAACGUGAUGCCCGUCUCCUAUCAGAAGACCAACUUUACAGAGACUAACACUUUCCAGUGUAUCUUGACCACGGACGGCGUACGCUCCUUUGCCCUGCUGCGAUAUGGGGAGAUGAAAUGGGGACCUGGGUUGAGGAAGCAUCACAAUGCUCUUAUUGGCUACACAGACGGUGAAAAAAACACAUUCAAGGAGACCACCGUCCCCCCAGAAAACCUCUUUGGGCCUGCAGGCAGAUAUAGACCCAAUGAAGUCAGAGGAACACUGGGGAACCUUGGCCAGCUGGUGUAUGAUCUGACGGGGCCUCAAGGGCCGGAUGUUGGUCCCCGAAUCAAAUGCCAGGCGUGGUCGAAGAAGGAGCCCGAGCCCGCUGAGUGGGCGGCGGGGGUGUCCUCCUGUCCUUGCACCCGCACCCAGGCUCUGGAGGACCUGGCAUUCUUACACGAUCUCACCGAUCCAGGUGAAACAGUUCAGAAGCUGAGGGCUCAGCGCUGGGGGGGCACCUCAGGACAGAUGUUCAGGUCGCUCCUGUCCAACCGCUAUGGCGCUGGGAAGAGGUGCGUGUACGAACCCGAAGGUGCCUUGCUGGCUGGGUACAGCGAACGCUACUUCUACGGACACAGCACACAGAAAUAUAUCGAUGAGGAUCUUCUUCCGUUUCAGUGGUGCUGCAUCGACUCUCCCCUGUGCCAUCUUUAUCUCAGCAAGAGACCCCUGGACCGCUGCCAGGGUUACAGCUUGGGCAAUCGCAGUGGCUCUCCCCUGACAAACGGGGCAGCUCCGGGCGCCGCAAUGGUGUACGGGGGCCUGCAUUUCAUCACCUUCGAUGGGACAGAGUACUCGUUUAAGACCCUGGGGGAGUUUGUGAUACUACGUCUCUCGUCUGCGAGGGGCUCUAAUAUCUUCACCCUACAAGGACAGAUGGAGAAGCUCCACACGGUCGCGAGGGGGAUCGUUGAGGUCCCAGCGGUGGUGCGCCUGGCUGCCUUCCACCAAGGCAUCGGCAAGAUUGAAUGGAAGUGCUCCAACAAAGACAGUGGACUGCAGAUCUAUGUGGACGACGUUGAAGUCUCCGUCAGAAUCGGUGUUGUGUACGAGAACAAGCGGGACUUUGCGGUGCGCUGUUUCUCGGUGAAUCGCUGUGCAGCGGUGUAUGCCGGCGGCCUCAAGGUGGCCGUGUGGAGAAGUGAAGGCUACAGCCAGCUGGCAGCCAUGGUGGAGGUCCCCCAGACCUUCUACAAACGCACCGUGGGCCUCCUGGGUCUCUGGAGCGCAAACCGGUCCGAUGAUUUCCUCAUGUCGGAUGGCAAUGUCCUGAGCUCCGAGGAUCUCAACCCCCCUGAAGAGGAGAGGCUGAAACUCUUUUGCUUGUCCUGGGCGGUCCCAGGCCCUGAAAGCCUGUUGCUCUCUUCUUCGCCUCCGAGGGUUCUCCUGACGGCGGACUCCACCGCCGCUCUCCUGGAACGCCUCGGCCCUGCUGAGCUGGAAACGCAGAAGAUAAUUUGCAAAGACAGCAUGCAGUGCGUAGAGGACAGCCUAGCAUCCGGCAUCUCUGACCUGGGCCAGCGGACUCUGGAUGCCCAGACGCAGUUUACGAACCUGGCUCUCAUCUACGGCAACAUGCCACCCAUAGUGACAGAGCCCGCUGUGAUACACUCUAAGGUCAACUCUCUGGUCACCGUUCACAUUGUUGCUCAGGACCCAAACGGUGACCCCAUCACCUACUCACUGCUAUUCCCCAGGCCUCCAGAGGCGUCCGUUGAUAGGGGGACCGGCUACCUGACAUGGACACCCCUCAGCACUCAGCCUGUCCAGCUGACCAUCAAGGUCAGCGACCAACAGACAAGCUCCUUGUUCACCCCCGUCCUGCGUGUCUGCAACUGUCUUAACGGAGGAACCUGCCUGUAUGACAGCGUCGCUGAAAAUCAUCUGCAGGGCAAGUUCCAGGUGGUGGGGUGCUUGUGCCCGAAGGAAUACAGUGGGAAGUUCUGUGGGAACACAACGGACGUGUGUCGAGGCAAACCGUGUUUCAGUGGGGUGCAGUGCCACGUAAAAGACCCCGGCCAGUUCACCUGUGGAGACUGCCCUGACGGUACCGUCUCCAGCGGCAAGGAGGGCUACAAAUGCUUUGAGUAUGACAUGUGCAGCCCUCCUUUUCCCUUCCCAUGCCACAAGGACGCAGAAUGCCGAACCACCAAACUCAGCUACAGCUGCGCCUGCAAAUCUGGCUUCAGCGGAGAUGGACACAACUGCACAGAUGUGGAUGAGUGCACAGAGCCUAUGAUAUGUGAGAAUGCCAAGUAUGAGUGUUUGAACAACCGUGGAUCUUUUAAAUGCCUCUGCAGAUACAAAGACUCCAAGAAUGCUGACGGAUGUGGUACCUCUCCGAAUCCUCCAGGGUACAACAUGUUUAACAUCUCCAUGGGCUGGAAAGACGAAAGUACAGAUAGAACCAAGCAGCUGGAUGACCUCCUGUCAAGAGGUUUCACAAAUAAGUUCUACAACAUCAGCAAGAAAGUUUCAUCCAAACCUGGCGCCGACGAGUAUCGAGUGGCUGUGUCCAGCGACACGCCCCACUGGUACAUCCGGGACUACCUGGCCAGAGUCGGCGCCUACUACGGCAUGAAAGACGUGGAAGUUGAUGAUUUAGAUGAGUGUAAGGCCAAGGAGGCCGGAUGCGUCUUCCCUGCCAAGUGCAUCAACACCUACGGAGGCUACAGGUGUGUUUGCAAUGGCACAGAGGUCGACGGAAGCCAGUCCUGUAUAAUUUCCGAGCGAUCAGAGGAGCCUGACUCGAACGUGGAUCUGAUCCUGGGUCUGGUGCUGGGCAUCGGCAUCCCUCUGCUACUGCUGCUGCUGCUUCUGGCUCUGCUGGCCUGCUUCUGCUGCCGCAGGAAGACCGUCACCGGAGACCUCCCCCACCUGAUGCCAGACCACAUCCAGCAGCAGUACAACCCCCCACCCUUCAACUACGCCGACCCGGCCCUGCAGUACAUGAGCCACUGCAGCCCUCGGGUCUUAGACAACGUCACGCCCCGGCAGCGGCUGAGAUAGCCAGACUCGCAGUUUAACAAAGACGGUGCAAGCCCUUUUCCAGAUCCCGUGUGAGAUAAUAAUGACGUGGUGUAAAUUAUUUGGGUUUUCUUGAACAGGUAAUUCAGUCUGGUUAAGUGGCAAAGUCGCCUAGUUGAAUCUGCGAGGCUGAAUCGUGACACGUUUGUUAUUUUCAUUCCUAUUUAGUGUGCAAGGGUUUUGAAUCUGUCUGACCCAGCAGAAGUCCACCAUGUCUUGGCAGGGUAUGUUGAUUAAAAGUGAAAAACACUGCAGUGCUCUUUGGUUUCCAGUUAAUAGCUGGCCAACAGCAUUUGUCAGUCCAUAAAAGGGUGCCACUGUU